AUGUAUUUCUCCAACAUCGUUGUCGGUGCUCUCGCAGCCCAGGCCAUGUCUGGUGACAGAAGGCCAACUCCAGCACUAGCUGGAAAGUUCGCGGCCUUGAUGGCUGCUGCAGCCCUACCAGUAUCCGGAGUACCAGUGAUUGGCCUCAUUGAGCCUCGAUCGCCCGAGAUCUUGGUGCUAGGUGGCGGUGGUCAGCAGAACCAGGGCCAACAGGAUGGCAACGACGACGCUCAGGACGAUGCCCAAGACGAACAAGACGACCAGAAUGAGCAAGAUGACGAGGACGCCCAAGAUAACCAGGACGACCAAGACGGCCAAAAUGGCGGUGGCAGACAAGGUCGGGGUGGUAGAAACGGCAACAACGGCAACGGCCAGGGUAAUGGCAAUGGCCAAGACCAAGGCAAUGGAGGAAACCAAAACAACGGAGGAAACCAGGGCGAUCAAGCUACUGCUACUGAGUCCCUUGCUACUGCUGUCGACACAGCCACUAAUGUCGCCACCGACGUCGGUGCCAUCCAGAGCCGCAUCGCCAACGAGACCGUCGUCACCCGAUCCCUGGGUCCCGGCCAGCUUCUCCCUCCCGGCCAGACAGAUGCUGUCAACACCCCGGGCCAGGGUGGUGAUGCCGCUGCCACUGAGACUCCUGCAGCUACUGAGACAGGUGCUGCUGGCGAGACCGGAGCUGCUACCGACAGUGCUGCCGUCACUGAAGCCCCUGCUGCUACCGACACAGCUGCUGAUGGUGCCGCUGCUACUGUCACUGUCACCGCUACCGUCACUGUUGACAACGGCAAUGGAAAUGGCAACGGCAACGGAAGAGGACGAAACAGGGGCGGUAACAACGGAAACAAUGACAACAACGGCAAUGGUAAUGACAACGCUGGCCAGAACAAUGGCAAUGAUGCCGGCAACGGAGGUAAUGCUCAGAACGGAGACAACGCCCAGAACGGAGGUAACGGAAACGGAAACGGCAACAAGGAUGCCGGAAACAACGACGGCGCUGCUAACGGUGACGCCAACGGUGGUGCUGCCAAUGGAAACAAGGGCAACGCUGGUAACAACGAUGGCGCUGCUGCUGGUGGAGAUGCUGCCAACGGCGGUGAUGCUGCUGCAGGAGGCAAUGGUGCUGGAGCCGGUGGUGCCGGAGGUCUGCUCGGCAGCAUUCUCGAGCGCCUGACAGGAGGAGCCGGUGCUGGUGCGGCUGCUGGUAACAACUAG